ACGCAGCCGGGCAGUCCAGCAGAUGGGGUGCUUCAUCGUGGCGACGCGAUUCUCACCAUCAACGGUCAAAAAACACGUCAACUUAGCCACCAACAGGCGACGGAGGCCAUCAAGAAUGCGGGCACAGAACUCAAUUUGCUUAUUAUCAAGUAAGUUAACUGACAGACCUGUAGACUCAGGUAUCAGCAUCAUUAUCAUCAUCAUCAUAUCAACUAGGAGUUAUAGUCACACUUGA